CGCGCGCACACGUCGCCGACCGCCUUGAUAAAAUAAUAUUACACAUAAAUCGAUGGUACGCGAUAAAACGCGCAAAAGUCUUCCGUUUUCGACACGAUCGCCGCCGUAAAGUAGCCGCGAUCGCUCGUCAGCAGUAAUCGUCGUUACGCGGUGAGCAGCUCUGUGUCGUUGUCGUUAAACGGGGACGUCGCAACAACAACACUUUAUAAUAUAGCAAAAGACGAUCGUGCCAGUCCCCGUAACAGACAUGGCGAUGACCACGUCCCGACUUGUCGGCAGGUGACACCGGCCGGCCUGCGCACCGUUUAAAAUUACCCGGUGGACAUUGAAAAAGUGUUGUGCUCGACCUCGGUUAGGUAUAGGUAUAGGUAUAGGUGUUGUACACACGCGCGCGCGACAUGACAGCCAAGACUGUCGUCAAGUCCGCCAACGAACCGGUGGACGACCCACUUGAGCACAUGCUGUUGUUCUUCAACCUGAGCAUACGCAAACUGGCGUUCGUCGGCGUGUCUUUGCCGCUCAUCACUCUGCUGACAUGCUUGGCCACCGCGUACGUCUUCCAAUACGAUGACGUACACGAAACGCACUGUCGAGUCUACAAUGUAAUACCAUCGAUUAGCGCCAUCACUGGUGUGACACCCCAGACGUAUAUGUGGCGGAUAGCUGUCGCUUUUCACGUUGGACCACGCAUGGUCAUCGCCCAGGUGUACUAUAACUAUUUUAUCAGCCAGAUGUCCAAAGUUGCCGACAAGUCCACCAGUUACAUACUUAUCAACCUUUGUUACUGGCUCAAUCUCAUCGAAAUAGCCGCUAUCUGUGGCGUAACUUACAUAUCCAACAGAGAAAAUUAUCCCGUGCACGAGAAAAUUUUCAUUUUGUUCAUGCUCAGCUCAUUGUUGUACAUGAUUGUCAUGAUUAAGACGUUCAAUAUGGUGCACAAAACUAUGACGGAACAUCAGCGUUUAUCGUAUACAAUUAAGAAAAUACUAUUCGCUAUUUGUAUAACAUCGACGUUCACAUUGAUAAUUUACUUUAUCAAACAUCGGUUCUACUGCCAUGAUUUGGCAUUCACAUGGUUUGCACUCAGCGAGUAUGUCCUUGCAGUAUCAAACAUGGCUUUCCACUUUACCAUUACACUGGACUUCCCACACGAACAGUUGAUAGUUGCUAAAAAUUUUCCAACACUCAAAACAGACUGAUGUGUUCUCAAUAUUAAAUCGAAGACUUAUGACUCAAACAUCUUACUUCCAUACACCUUCUAAUUAAUCUACAUUUUAUGUAUAUAUAAAGUACAUAUUUAUAUAUAUAUAUACCUUUGACAGCUCUUAGGCAAAUGCUCAUGUAAUAUGUGUUUAGUCUGGAAACUAUAUUAUUUUUUAUUCUUGUUGAUUUUAAGUUUGAAUAGUUUUUGAUUCCAUAUUUAACUUCCUGUGUUAUUGCAAUUUGUCUUUAUCUAAUAUUAAGUUCAAAUAUAUAAUUAUUUUAUAUACACAUAUAAUUAUAUAUUUUGCAAGUAUAAUAUAGUUUCCAACACAAACACGCACAAUAACUAAUGUUUCAAAUUGUUGUAAUUUCACUGCCAAGGAUAAUAAUAUGUUUUUAAGUUUGUUUACGAUAUAGGUAAUCUAUACAUUUUAUAGCAAACAAAUUUAGGUCAUAUAUUUACCGUUGUCCUUUGGCAAGCGUUUUUAUUGCAAUCAACUGAACAUUUAGUUAUUCUACAUGUUAUAUUAUGUGACUUAUAAUUUAUUAUAUCUGAGUGCAACAAAAAAUAUUUUUCUUGACCAAUAUAUAAAUAGGCAGCGUGUUUUUCAGGACUUUCAAAUAAAAAACCAAUCAUUAUUAUAAUUUCAAAAAAUUAGUAAACGGAAUUUAAAGAAAGUUUCUUAUGCCUUAAAGGCUUAAAAUUAAGAAGGCAUAUUAUUUAAAAGUCAAUUAUGGCUGCUUAAAUGUUUUUUAACCACUAUUUCUAUCGUAAUAUACGCCAAAGUGCGUGAUUAAUUGAUAUAUUAUUUGUAAAGGAAAAGACUUCUUUUAUACUGCACCUGAAUUAGACUUCUUUAAAGCUUGAAUAUAUUUUUUUGUUUAUAUUAAGUCAAAUUUAUUUAAAACUCUAUUUUGUUAAUAAUUAUUUUUAUUAUUAUUUGCUGAAUCCUAAGAGCGUCAUUUUACUGUACGUAUGUAUUUCCAGUGUUUCUACUAAAAAUAAGAUUAAUUUUUAGCUAUAUGACACAUGUAGAACUAAGUAGUACUUCUUUAAGUUUGUGGUAAUUAUGACGUUAAAAGAAAUAUUGUUAUUAGAAGUAAUUAUUUGUUUUUCGAGGUGCUCAGUUGCUUCAUUUGUUCGGAAUUUUAUAACACAUUAUAAUAUGAUAAUUACGAUUCUUCCAGUGGUUUAUAAAUUAAGCUUCCUAUAUCAUUAUUUAUUCAUUAUUGCUUCCAGAAUUGAACUUACCAAAUUUUAUGAUUUUCAACAAUGCAUUUACAUUACAAAACAGUGUUAUUAUUAUUACAAGUAUAUUACCUAGUCAGAUAAUUCACACAGUUUCUAGUCAAUUGGUUACUUCUCGUAACCAGCUAUAAUAAUAAUAGUUUUUAAGAAGAAUCCUACCCAUUGUACUCCUAUGGCCCAUACUAGCUAGUUUUGUAAAUCACUUUGUUUUCUAGUCUUAAUUUAUUUAAAUGUACAAUUUUAUUGAUGUUUUUAUUUUAAAAGGUAUUUGUUUUUGUUUUGUUGUUUUAAAUUUUAAUAAAUACAUUAACAUAUAAC